AAAAAAUGUUAAAGGCCAAAGAAAGGAAAUCGGAUGUCGACAAUAAAUCCACAUUGAGCCUUAAAGUUUCCAGAGUUACCGUUAAUCCCACCAGCUGUGUUUGCUGUCUCCCAAUUCGAGGUGAUUUCUGGUGGAAGUGGUUCCAAAUUAGCAUUGAUUCUAUGCAGGACAAACACCAAAACGUCACCGCACAAACAUUUAGAGACGUUGGGAGGCCAGAGGACAAUCCCUGCCUUUCUCUCUGUCCGUCACAUGACCGUUGGUGGGCUGAGAAACAUGCUGAGGAGGUCUGAGGAAUGCAGGAAGGAUCUGCAGCAGCUGAUGUGACGGGCCUUGUUCGGACUCCUACAGGUCCUGCAUGCUAACGUUCCCCCUCUUUCUCCAGCAGAACCACCGAGUUCCUCAAACACUGAAGCUGCUGAAUGGAUUUACCUUCAGCUACAACGACCGGAGCUGCAGCCACAAGAAGGACAACCAGUGGAAUGAACAGCCGGAUGGAGGCAACAACAUGAGCGGAAAAUUGACUGAAAACAGCAGAAAACACUUUCAGAUUAGAUAAAAAUGAAGUUUUUAGCAUUUGCUGUUGUUGCUUUAGUAAUCUAAUGGAUUUAAAAAAAAAUUAAUUUCCUUUUUUGGCAAAUUUUACUAAUUUUUUGUUUGUUUUGUAUAAAUCCACGACUAGAAAAUAGCAGAAAAAAUAUGACUUUAUUCACCUUAUUUCGCCCUGCCCACUUCUAAUUCUCCGUAUUUCCGCAUGUUGUCUUCUCACUUCCGGUAAGUCCUUUCCGCUAGCCGGCUUCGCAGAUUAUAAGCAGCGAAAUGUCUACAGAUGCGACAUCAGGGGUUCCGAAAUGGGAACAAACUUCAAGUUUCAUUAGGAGAACGGAUGGUCUUGCGUUCCCUCAUCCAUCGACCAUGUCAGGGUGGGUUGAUGACAUGAGAAAGUGGCCGGAGAUUUCCUAUGGCGACAUUUUCAACUACUUUGUGCUAUCCCUGGGUGUAGAUGGUGCGGCUAUGGAGAAUUAUAAGAGCACCGAGGUGUACCAGUACCUACAUAGCGGCAAAGUUGGUCGUGUGUUGUUGCACACAGAAGAUGGGUAUGUGUUUUUAAAAGCAGACGUGAACCCGAGCCAGGCCAGUAGAACGAGUCACUUGCCGUGGGUGCCAGUUAGCAGUAGCGGCGCGGUGGAGACGACGGGAUGCUCCUGCAUCGCUGGACUAGGACGCUCAUGCAGUCAUGCAGCCGCAAUAUUAUGGAAGGUUGAAAAUGCUGUGUCCAGUGGGAUAACUGGCAUAUCCUGCACGGAUCAACAACAGCUCUGGAAUGUGGGGACUCAGAAGAACCUUGGCCCAAAGCGACUGACGGACAUUACCUUUUCCCAUCACCGAGCCACUGACGUGCUUCUGACACCAGAGAGAAUGCCCAGUCAUGUGCCUCUUCCUCCCACUCCUUCGUUUCGCAGCCAGGAUGAGCUGAAAGAGGGCCUCAAGCAUCUGAGAUUGCCUGUGUCAAGCCUUCUUAAGAAGUGUGUGAAUGCACGGGGACAUGAGCCACAACAGCCUGCAUCCCCACCUCAUGCUGACCAUGAUGGCACCAACAUCUGCCAGAGGUGUAUGUUGUUUUACAACACUUUUGUGGCCAUCAGUCCCCACAAAUGUACAACACUGGAGCAUGUAACUGUAGAGCAGAGUGCUUCUCACUUGUGGCAUGACUCCCGCAAGAUUAGAAUCACUGCUAGCACAGCAAAGAAGGUCCCCAUCAGAGGUAACCCUGAAAAAUUUAUUAGAGAGCACCUCUACCCAAGGUUUCAUGGGAAUGCUGCAACUCAACAUGGCUUAGAAAGUGAACAAUCUGCCUUCCGUUGGCUUGAGGAAAGUGGAUAUGCAGUCAGCCAUAGAGGGACAGUUGUGUGUGAAAGUGAGCCAUGGCUGUCCGCAAGUCCCGAUGGAGUUUUGAAUGCAGAAGAACUGCUUGAAAUCAAAUGCCCUUUCCUUCGGUGCAAUGAGUCUCUGGAGGAUCUGAUCAGAAGUCACAGGUAUGACGUGAGGAUGGUAGAGGGGAGGCUUCAGCUGCAGCAAAAUGGUUCACGAGGCUUCUACAUGCAAGUGCAGCUAGGCAUGUUCUGCACAUGA